GGAUCUACGUAUCAUGUUUCAUGGUUAAAAUUCACUUUUACCAAGCAUUUAGUUGUAAGCUAUUGCCAGUGCACCCUAUGAUUAUUCGAGUAUGACUGGAAUAGAAAAAUUUCGAAUUUUUAAAAUCCAAACAAGAUGCGAGAGCGAGUUUUUAUUUUGUGGCAAAAGGUGAUAAUUGGCGACAAAUUUAACUUGUUUUUCAAACUUUUUUUUAAAUAUUUUUUAGCUAGUAUGGAAGCAGGGUCAUCUCGAUGUGAUGAAAUGUUUAAUCAACUUUGAAACGAUAAAUUACCAUUUUAAUGCAUCGAGCUUUUAAUAGUUUUGGAUUGGUGGAAAUGUUGUGUGAACCGUUUCUGAUUUCACAGCACGCUUACGUCUGAGCUGUGCCGUUCGAGGUGUUCAUGAAAUAUGUGAUUUAUUCUUGUUUCUUCGGUUGCCGGUAUAACUAUAAUUAAUUAACCGGAAAAACCCCAACCAAUCCAGGUAUUUACGUUUGUAUAACGCAUGCUGAUUUGUGCGUGACGUUGCUAUUUAUUUUUGUAUAGAGUAAGUGUUACAAAAUAAAGGAUCAGUUUUUGUAAACCAUAACAAGUAUCAUAGAGUAUGGAGUCGAUUAAAAAUUCAUUGAAAUAUUCACAGCAUGGAGCAAGCUUCCAAUAAAGACUUGAAAAGAGAUUACUUCUAUGUACAAACGUAGCUACAUCGUUAUUUCAAGCUGUUGUUAAAGAAAUUUCACGUUAAUCUCCUUGUAGAGGUCAAUUAUGUUACUUAAUGGUUUAAAUUGUUCAUUACCAUCUACAGUAAUGAUUCUCUUGUCUUUCGUAGUCUUUUCGAUAACAAAACCUGUAUACUAUUAUAAAAUCCAAUGCACCUGAAGCGACACUAUCUAAGUGCAACAAUUUUCAACCAUGAACAAGCUUUGUCUUCAGUCAGUUUAGAGGAUAGCUACGUGACUGGUUCAUUGUCACAAAAAUAGUCGAAGUUCCGUGUACUGAAUUACAAUUAACUCAUUCAAAAUGCAAAAUCCACAUCACACAAUGCCAUCCGCACCAAUCACGGCGGAUAAUUAUUUAAUGCGGCCAAUAAAUCAACGAUUGCCAAACACCAACAACAGCAAUUCGGCAUCGUUGCCAAGUCAAACUGGCACUAGCCUUAAUGAUCCGGCAUUUCGGCCAGCUAGUGUCAUUAAUUUAUCGCAUUCCAAUGAUGUUUGUAUCGGUCCAAUGACCCAGUAUCAGGGAGCUGUUACUAUUUACCAGUAUAUGGAUGCCACAGUAGAAGCUUCAAUCGGUCGUAUGCCUAAUGGUACUAUUGGUCCGGGUAUUCGGUCAAACAACAACAGCAAAGACGUCGAAGAUAAGUGCACAAUAUUCGAUAAAAAACAUCUACAAACAUGGAUAUUAGUAUUCGUUUUAAUGGUAAUCAUAGCUGGUGUUGCUGUCGCAAUAUUUCUAUCGUUACGAACAUCUUUGCGUAGUGAAAGACAACAAUCGCAAGAUAUACUGAUUGGAAAAGAAUUUGAAGAUAAUACACACUAGGUUCGACUGAAUUGAAUAAACUUUUUUUAAGACUAUAAA